AUGGCAACAUCAUUAGCUACUACAGAUAGUGGAAUUUCUGAUGAUGAAUUAAUUAAAUCAAAAAAAGAACAUAAUCGUUAUAUUAAUUCAUUUAAUCCUAAAUUUAAAUUGCCUGGAUAUGCAACAGUUUUUCGUUGGAUGGUUGGUGCACCAAAUAAUACAAGGUUACCAGCUAAUAUUGAAGAAUUAAAUAAAUUAUUACCAGUAAUAAAACAUGAACCACAUGAAAUAGUAAAAAUGUCACCUGGUCUACGUUUUAUAUGGAUUGGACAUGCAACAUGUCUUGUUCAAAUUGAUGAUUUUAUAUUUCUAACAGAUCCUGUUUUUAGUGAUCAAUGCGGUAUAACACCAAAAAUUGGACCAAAACGUUUUCGUCCACCAGCAUUAACAAUAAAUGAUUUACCUGAUAAACUUGAAGCAAUAGUUAUAUCACAUAAUCAUUAUGAUCAUUUAGAUCAGCCAAGUGUUAAAAGUUUAAAUGAACGUUAUGGAAAUCAAUUAACAUGGUUUUGUGGUCAAGGUGGACGACAAUGGUUUCUUGAUUGUCAUAUAGAAAAUGUUAUUGAACUUGAUUGGUGGGAAGAAUGGAAACAUCCAGAAAAAGAACAUGUUAAAAUAGCAUUUUGUCCAGCUCAACAUUGGUCACGUCGUACUCUUUUUGACUUAAAUAAAUCUCUCUGGGGUGGAUAUGCUAUAUGGAAUAAAAAUUAUAAAUUUUAUUUUGCUGGUGAUACAGGUUAUACUCAUAAUAUACCUAUAUUUAAACAAAUUGGAAAGAAAUAUGGCCCAUUUGAUUUAAGUGCUAUACCAAUAGGUGCAUAUGAACCUCGUUGGAUGAUGGAAGAACAACAUGUAUCACCAGAUGAAGCUGUACAAAUUCAUAUUGAUACACAAUCAAAAAAAUCUAUUGGUAUACAUUGGGCUACAUGGGCAUUAGCUAAUGAAUAUUAUUUAGAACCACAAGAAAAACUUAUUAAAGCAAUAGAAGAUAAUAAAUUAGAUCCACAAUCAUUUAUUGUUGUUAAACAUGGAGAAAUAUUUGACUUACCCGAGAAUAACUAA